AUGAGAUGUGACAAGGUCAUCACCUACCUGAGGAUUUUUGGGACAACACUGUUUGGAGUCUCACUGUUGGUGGGGAUCUCCACCGCGUACAUCAUGGGGUACCAGUUCUUUACGACCACGGGGAACUACCUGUCCUUCGGCCUUUACGGAGCCAUUUUAGUCGUCCACCUGAUCAUACAGAGCCUGUUCGCUCUGCUCGAACACAGGAACAUGAGACGCUCUCUGGAAACGCCCAUCAAACUCAACAAGUCCCUCGCCCUCUGCAUCGCCGCGUACCAGGAGGACCCUAACUACCUGCGCAAGUGUCUGAUCUCGGUGAAGCGGCUGACCUAUCCCGGCAUCAAAGUGGUCAUGGUCAUCGACGGCAACGGCGAGGACGACAUGUACAUGAUGGAGAUAUUCCGGGAGAUCAUGGGUCGCGACAAGGCCGUCACCUACGUGUGGAGGAGUAACUACCACCAGCGGGGGCCGGAGGAGAGCGAGGAGUCGUACGCGGAGAGCCUGCAGCGCGUCUCCCGCCUGGUCCUCACCAACAAGUGUGUGUGCAUCAUGCAGAAGUGGGGAGGGAAGAGAGAGGUCAUGUACACGGCCUUUAAGGCCCUGGGCAGGAGUGUGGAUUACGUGCAGGUGUGUGAUUCAGACACUAUGCUAGACCCAGCCUGCUCAGUGGAAAUGGUCAAAGUUCUGGAGGAAGACCCCAUGGUGGGGGGAGUCGGCGGAGAUGUCCAGAUUCUGAACAAAUAUGAAUCGUGGAUCUCCUUCCUGAGUAGCGUGCGGUACUGGAUGGCCUUUAACAUUGAGAGAGCGUGUCAGUCGUACUUCGGCUGCGUGCAGUGCAUCAGCGGACCACUGGGGAUGUACAGGAACUCUCUCCUUCACGAGUUUCUGGAGGACUGGUACAAUCAGACUUUCAUGGGAAGCCACUGUAGUUUUGGGGACGACAGACACCUCACCAACCGUGUUCUGAGCCUCGGCUAUGCCACUAAAUACACUGCCCGCUCUAAAUGCCUCACGGAGACGCCCAUCACCUACCUGCGCUGGCUGAACCAGCAGACGCGCUGGAGUAAGUCCUACUUCAGAGAGUGGCUGUACAACGCCAUGUGGUUUCACAAGCACCACCUGUGGAUGACGUACGAGGCCGUCAUCACCGGCUUCUUCCCCUUCUUCCUCAUCGCCACGGCGAUCCAGCUCUUCUACCAGGGUAGGAUUUGGAACAUUCUUCUUUUCCUGCUGAUCGUCCAAGCCGUGGCCCUCAUAAAGUCCUCCUUCGCCAGCUGUCUCCGCGGAAACAUCGUCAUGAUCUUCAUGUCCUUCUACUCCGUCCUCUACAUGUCCAGCCUGUUGCCGGCGAAGAUGUUCGCCAUAGCGACGAUAAACAAAGCGGGUUGGGGCACUUCGGGGAGGAAGACCAUAGUGGUGAACUUCAUAGGGCUCAUCCCCAUAUCGGUUUGGUUCACAGUCCUCUUCAUCGGCAUUAUUUACACAAUCAUCCAACAGACCAGAAACACGAUCCCAGGCACGGAGAAGAUCGUCCUAAUCAUUGGUGCAAUAGUUUAUGCCAGCUACUGGGUCGUGCUCUUGACUUUGUACAUCGUCCUGAUCACUAAGUGUGGGAAGCGGAGGAAAGAGCAACAGUACGACAUGGUGCUCGAUGUGUAG